AUGUCUACUGCGGAAAUCGCCCAAGAUGGCGAACCCCGCGGCCCUACUACCGAUUCCGCUACCCCUCCGGGCCAAACCCUGACCGGAAAACAGGAGCACUACCUCAAGCGAGAGCUCAUAUCUGAGCAAGUCAACUGGGAAAUAUCCGAAUUAAAUUCUACUACGGCGCUUCGCAGAUUCGGCGCCCCCUUUAGGUCGGAAUUUGGAGAGGUGUCACCCUAUGAUUCUGAACUCCCCAUCCUACGUUAUAUAUUCGUACAUCAUGUACGAGAGUUCCCGUUCCUUGACAAGGCGAAGGAGAAGGAAUUCUGGCAGGACAAGCUGCAAGUCUUCCUUGAGUCCUUCGCCAGCAAGAAUAUCUCAUCUUCGGAAGAUCGAUUAGAAGAAACUAAGCGUCGCAAACUAGCCCUAAAAUGCCGGAAAUUAGUCGAGCUGAUGAUGGUGUCGGGGGUUCCCACGGCGUCGGGGUUUGAAGAGCGCAUAAGAUUUGCAGAGAUGGAAAUCGUAGACCGAGACGCAAUCGAUACCGGUGUAUUAAAUACUAUGCCCGAGGGACACUACGUUAACGGAUGGGACGUCAAUGUUGCUGGUGUGCGCAUUACUCAGGUCAAGAAACAUAUUAGACGUCACAAGCAUGCGGAAUUCCUAUUGCGCGUCAAACGGAAGGGCGAGCUUGAAUUCUACGUAGGCAGACGAUAUGGCGACUUUGUCCGAUUGCAUAGACAGCUAAGGACGGAACUACCAGGAAAAGUCCUCCCUCCGUUACCCAAGAAGAACAAGUCAGAUACAGCUGCAGCGAGUUUAAUGUCGCGCAUGACAGAUGGUGCUGAAGACUCCGACGGCUCGUCCGCCUCAUCUGUUUCUACUAUCGCACCUGGGUCUCAAAGUGGUGGGUUUGCAGAGUCAAUGAAGACCUUAACAGUUCGAGAUCACCGCCGGAACAAAUCUGUGGCUUCUAGCCGUGCAUCGCCGCGCCCGUCCCUCGAAGCGUCCGCGGUUCUCAGUCCCAAAAUCGAUAAUGCAAUUCUCUGGCGCGAGAAUCAGCGUAUAUCAUUACGAGCAUACUUGCGGUAUCUACUGCAAAACCCCCAGAUUGCGCAGACCAAUGCUUUACAGCAGUUCUUAACACACGAUCCGCUCACCCCAACUGAUGAAGAUGUCGACGACAUCUUUCGUCGCAAGGCUGUUGACGAGAAACGUAUGGAGGAACAGAAGCAAUUCUACGAAAUAGCAAGAAAAAGGGCUGCAGAGUUGGACGUGUAUAUGGAGCAGUUCCGACAAGAUAUCGUCGAGCGUAAUGGGCUAACAAAACUUUUCCAAGAGAUCAAGGAUAAAAACACCAUCCAAGAUCUAAGUCUCCAAUACCAGAAGUUUGCCGAGUGGCUCCGCAUCGAAGUGGCUGCAACCAUCUACCACCUUUUCCUUGCCGAAGAUAAUUCGCCAGAAUUAUUUGCGCAGCUUAAGCGGAUUCAUUCCUUGAUCCCUUAUACUCUUAUGAAAAACGUCAUUAGGCUCGCGAACCCCGCCGCUGUUAUGUCCGGAGUGCUUGACCUUUUCCUGGCGCAGCCAUUUGGAGCUCGAUCUCUUAUGCAACGAAUUUUCUCGUUGACGCUAAACGACGGCAUUAAGAGCUAUCAGAAGUCCAUCGAUGCCUUAGCUACUAUAAUUGGGGAUGACGUGUUUGUGAAUAAACUAAAGCAAUUUGCGGAUGCUGAGGAACAUAUAAAGGUUGCAGUUCGAGAAGAAGCGGACUCUGAGGGGGUAGAUAUCAUAGUUGCCGUCUUGCGCUCCGAACUUUUCACUCCGGCUCUCACUGGAGAACAGAUUGGGAGAUUAUUCAACGCAUAUGUGGCCUUUAACAAUGCAGUGGAAAACGUCGACGAGGAAUUAAAACAGGGCGCGCAGCUUUUCUCGCAUCUAAAGCAGCUUAUGAAGCUACAAACCAGACAACGCGAUAAGGCAAUGAUGCUUAGCUUGAUCGAAGAACCUGUCACUUUACAAUUAUUCCGGGAUCUUUUCACCAUAUUUUACGAACCUUUGGUAAGAGUGUAUAAGUCGGCCAACGUGUACGACAGUAUUACCGACUUUGCCGUUUUUAUUGGUGAUAUGAUCCAGGUUGUCGAGAAGUGUAGGGAGCAGGAUGCCUCGGCAGACCCGAAUCAGACGGUACAAGCCUUCAUCGACCUAUGUCAGCGUCACGAGCAUAACUUCUACAAAUUCAUCCACGAAGUUCAUACUCACGACAACGGUCUUUUCACGCAACUAAUGGCCUGGAUAGAAGACAUUUUAGAGUUCUUAAGAAAGGGCCCGGCUGGUGGAGCAUUAGACAUCAACGCCCUUUUCGAGGGAGCCGUUGCUAGCGGCAACUUAGACAAGGAGAAGGCGAUUAGGGAAAUCGAUCAGCUUAUCGCCUGGCAGGAGGCUCGCAAAAAGUGGCAUCAUGAUAAAACUCGGCAGAAGAUGGCAGCGGAAGGUUCAGUCGGUAUCGACGGUGGCGUACCGGGUAUGAGUAGCUUUCACGCUAGCGACUUCGGGCUCAACGAUGCGGACUUAGAAGACAUGAGCUACGAUGACGGAUCUGACGAUGAGGCUGAAGCGGAAGAAGAGGAUGAGAUGGAUCCUAUAGAAGCUGAAAGACGAAGGAGAGCAAAGAAACAAGACCGGCUUAAGGCACGUGCCGGCGAGCCGCAGAAACCGGAGGUCAGCGAGGUGCACCAGUUAAAAGACAACUUCGUCCAGAUGUUACGGCAGGUUCUAGCGCGUUAG